CUAUAUAUAUAUGCAAUUCAAACACAAUGCUAGUCCCACAGCUAGCUACGACUGAGCAACAUCGGCCGACGAUCUGAGUCAUAGCUGUAUGGACAAGGUGAUGAAGUUGGCGUCGCAGCGUGCGGUGGUCAUCUUCAGCUUGAGCUCAUGUUACAUGACCUACAGUGUGAAGAGCCUGUUCAAUGAUCUCGGAGUCAAUGCCAUCGUCCACGAGCUUGAUCAGGACCCGCGGGGGGCGGAGAUGGAGAAGGCACUUGUAAAACUGUUGGGGAGGAGGCCAGCAGUGCCGGCGGUCUUUAUCGGUGGCAGGUUUAUUGGCUCGACAGAUAGAGUCAUGUCGCUGCACCUCGGAGGAAAUCUUGUGCCCUUGCUAAGGGAAGCAGGUGCCCUAUGGCUCUGACCAUAAACAUCUGCCGAGGCUUUCGUGUUACCCGUGCUUUUGCGGAAUGUGAAAAUAAAUCAUAGAGCAACUUUAGGGUUCGUGUC